AUGCCACCACCAAGGGUUCCAAUACGACAAGGCAGACCUCAAAGUGAAUCCACAAGGGAUCAAAAUCAAGGACAUGGACAGAUGCCUUACGUGUUACUUACACCAGAGGCGCUACAAAUACUAAUACAAAAUAUGAGUAAUGGAAACACAACCUCAUCCACCACACCAAUAACCAACGAUACAAAUGAUUCGAAGAUCAUUCGAGAAUUCAGGAAGUUCAAUCCUUCAACAUUUGAUGGAUCAUCUGUGGAUCCAAUUAUAGCAGAGAAUUGGAUAAUAGAAAUAGAAACUGUUUUCCGCCACAUGAACAUCCCAGAAGAACAAAAAGUAAAUUGUGCCACCUUCAUAUUAAGAGGCGAUACAAAGUUCUGGUGGGAAUCCACAAAAAGAACAAUCAAAGGUACAGUCUCAUGGCAGCAAUUCAAUCAGGCUUUUUACAACAAGUAUUUCCCUUUGACAGUGAGAUAUCAAAAGGAAGUGGAAUUUCUUAAUCUUCAAGAGAGCAUUUCGGUGGCAGAGUAUGAACGGAAAUUUGAUCUCUUGUCCCACUUUGUCCCUCAACUAGUGGACAUAGAAGAGAAGAAUGUAGAAAGGUUUAUUUGGGGAUUAAGAGAAAGCAUUCGAGGCAUUGUUACUGCUUUUCGACACAAAGAGUAUGCCUUUGCCCUCGAGUCGGCCUUACUCAUGGAAGUAGAUCUUGCUGCCAAAACCUCAACUUCUGAACGAGGAUUCAUGCCAAAUUAA